UUGCCGGACAUCACCCUCUACCCCAAGCACGCAAUAAACACUGACAAGAAAAAAGUUUUUAUUUCCUGGUUCAACUUUUUUUUUUUUUGGAACAUAGACUGAAGAAUGGGAAUAAACACGAAUAAAUAACAAAGCGAGGCCGCGCUUGCUGGGAUGCAUCUGGCUGCGGCCCGCGAGGCUAUUGUCUCGCCGCCCUGAAGGCAGACCCUCCGUGGUCCUCCGGCUCCUUCCCUUACCCUGACGCCGUGGAUUUUCCUUUUUUUUUUUUUUUUUUUUUAAAUUUUAAAAGGCGCCCUUUGCAGCCCCCUCGCCAGUGACCUUGGCCGCCUCGGAUGCUCUGAUUCCACGCGGCUCCUUCCAACUUGCCCCGCGCCACCGGGCCCAUGGCCGCGUCCGAGGACGAGAGCGGCUGCCUCGUGUCGCGGGGCCGCUCACAGAGUGACCCCAGCGUCCUCACCGACUCGGCCGCCGCCUCUGCGGGCGCCGGGGAGAAGCCAGAUGAGAUGGACCAAACUCCCCCGGUGCGUCCGGAUUAUCUGGUCUCAGGGAUCCGCACUCCUCCCGUGAGGCGGAACAGCAAACUGGCCACUCUGGGCAGGAUCUUCAAACCCUGGAAAUGGAGGAAAAAGAAAAGUGAGAAGUUGAAGCAGACAACUUCUGCGCUGGAGAAGAAGAUGACUGGCAGGCAGGGCCGGGAAGAGCUCAUCAAGAAGGGGCUGCUAGAGAUGAUCGAGCAGGAUGCAGAGAGCAAAGCUUGCAACCCUGAUGGAGGAUCCAGUGCAGCCCAGAGUGAGCCACCCACUGCCCAGCAGGAGACACUUUCUUCAGAAGAAGAUCAGCCAGGAAGCCCUUUGGCCGCUGGGACAGACUUGCCUUCCCCACAGGAGCCACUGUCUUUGGACACCCAUGUGGAUGAUACAGCCAAGCUGCCGUCAGCAUCCAGAGGUGAAGAUGAUGACUCUGGCAGCCUUUCUCCCACCAUGGACAAGCCCUCUCAAGCCUUAGCUGGGUCUGACUCCCUGGAAAGUCCUUCUAGACCCCAAGAGAGAGCCAUGGGUCAACUCCCCAGCCCCCCACUGUUGCCCACCCCACCACCCAAGGCAGGAUCCAAAAUCAUGAAAAAUGUCACAGGCCAAACUGCGCUUUUCCAAGGCUCUGGCACAAAGAACACUGACCCUCCACUCCGAGGACAGCUAGCCACACCCACAGGGUCCCCACAUCUCACUACUGUCCACCGGCCACUGCCGCCCAGUCGUGUCAUUGAGGAGCUGCACAGAGCACUGGCCACCAAGCACCGCCAAGACAGUUUUCAAGGGAGGGAAAGCAAAGGGUCCCCGAAGAAGCGUGUGGAUGUCCGUUUGUCAAGAACCCCCAGCAUGGAACGGGGCAAGGACAGAGAGGAGGCCUGGAGCAUUGAUGGAGCCUCAGAAAACAAGCGGAAAGAGUCUGAGGAGAACAAGGAGAACUUGAUCAUGAAUUCUGAACUCAAAGAUGACCUGCUUUUGUAUCAGGAUGAAGAGGCACUGAAUGACUCCAUCAUCUCUGGGACUUUGCCAAGGAAAUGCAAGAAGGAGCUCUUGGCGGUGAAACUGAGGAAUCGGCCCAGCAAGCAAGAGCUGGAAGACAGGAAUAUUUUCCCCAGGAGAACAGAUGAAGAGAGGCAGGAAAUCCGGCAACAGAUUGAAAUGAAACUCUCCAAGCGGCUGAGCCAAAGACCUGCAGUGGAGGAACUGGAGAGAAGAAAUAUCUUGAAGCAAAGGAAUGAUCAGACAGAGCAGGAAGAAAGAAGAGAAAUCAAGCAAAGGUUAACAAGAAAGCUUAAUCAGAGACCCACAGUUGAUGAACUAAGAGACAGAAAAAUCCUGAUCCGAUUCAGCGAUUAUGUGGAAGUGGCAAAAGCACAGGACUAUGACAGACGAGCAGACAAACCCUGGACAAGACUGUCAGCAGCAGAUAAGGCAGCAAUUCGGAAAGAACUAAAUGAAUACAAAAGUAAUGAAAUGGAGGUACAUGCAUCCAGCAAGCAUUUGACAAGAUUUCACAGGCCAUAGAGAUUUUCUUCUGAGAAGAAUUUGUGUUUAAUUUUUGAUACCAACAUUGAACAUUCAUCAGGGAACUUUCCUGAAGUUCAGCUCAAGACCACCUGCUGUGUUUGUGAGAGGCCAGGGACACACACACACACACACACACACACACACACGCACGUGAAAUCUUGGAUGCACUUAACCUGUGAGGAGAAAUCAGCGGACACAAUUCACUGUGGUCUGUGAAUGGUGGGGACCCCGAAGGCCUGCAGAAACUCUCCCAGAAGAAACUGUGGUUUGCCUUUUGACCUCGUUUUACAGAUGUGCAGCAUCGUGGAGGAUGGAUGACACGCAUGUGCAGGCCCACUGCUCCAAGGCCUCUGACAUGAGGGACAUUCUGCGCAGUGGCAUUCAGUAUUAUGUCUGAAAGAUACUUUGACUCUGAUCACAGUUACUUUGAAGACUCUUUAAGUUAGUGUUACACAAAAUGAUUUUCUGUAUUAUACUUUUUCUUUUUUUAUAUAUAAUGUCUAACAAAAAAUACAGCUGCAACAUUUUGAUUCCUGUUAA